AGCACCCCGGCAGGGGCUGCGGGGUGGUGGCGUGAUGGCGGCUGCGGCGGUGUCGGAGUCCUGGCCGGAGCUGGAGCUGGCGGAGCGCGAGCGGCGGCGAGAGCUGCUGCUGACCGGGCCCGGGCUGGAGCAGCGGGUGCGCGCGGCGGGCGGGCGGCUGCCGCCGCGGCUCUUCACGCUGCCGCUGCUGCACUACCUGGAGGUGAGCGGCUGCGGCAGCCUGCGCGAGCCGGGCCCGGGCCUGGCUCAGGGCCUCCCGCAGCUGCACAGCCUCGUGCUGCGGCGUAACGCGCUGGGGCCCGGCCUGAGCCCUGAGCUCGGCCCGCUGCCCGCGCUGCGCGUGCUCGACCUGUCAGGCAACGCGCUGGAAGCGCUGCCGCCGGGCCAGGGCCUGGGCCCCGCCGAGCCGCCGGGCCUCCCGCAGCUGCAGAGCCUCAACCUCAGUGGCAACCGGCUGCGCGAGCUCCCCGCCGACCUGGCGCGGUGCGCGCCGCGCUUGCAGACCCUCAACCUCACCGGCAACCGCCUGGACGCCUUCCCCGCCGCACUCUUCCGCCCCGGCGCGCUGCCGCUGCUCAGCGAACUGGCGGCCGCCGACAACUGUCUCCGGGAGCUCAGCCCCGAAAUCGCCCACCUGGCCUCGCUCAAGACGCUGGACCUGUCCAACAACCAGCUGAGUGAGAUCCCGGCCGAGCUGGCCGACUGCCCCAAGCUCAAGGACGUCAACUUCCGGGGGAACAGGCUGCGGGACAAGCGCCUGGAGAAGAUGGUCAGCGGCUGCCAGGCCAGGUCCAUCCUGGAGUACCUGCGCGCCGGGGGCCGCGGGGGCGGCCGGGGCCGGGGCAAGGCCGAGGGCCCCGACCGGGAGGAGGCGCGGAGGAAGCGGCGGGAGCGGAGGAAGAGGGAGUGCGGCGCGGCCGAGGAGGCGGGGGUGGACGAGGCCAGCCGGCUGCUGCUGCGCGUCCUGCACGUGGCCGAGAGCCCGGCCCCGCUGACGGUCAGGGUGAGCCCCGGGGUCGGCGACGUGCGGCCCUUCAUCGUGGGCGCCGUGGUGCGCGGCAUGGACCUGCAGCCCGGGAACGCGCUCAAGCGGUUCCUCUCCUCCCAGACAAAGCUGCACGAGGACCUUUGUGAGAAGAGGACGGCGGCCACCAUCGCAACCCACGACCUCAGAGCCAUCCGGGGGCCCCUGCUGUAUGCCGCCCGCCCCCCGCAAGACCUCAGGAUUGUGCCCUUGGGGCGCCGGGAAGUCAAGGCCCAGGACCUGGUGCGGCAGCUGCAGCUGGAGGCCGAGGAGCACAGGAAGCAGAGGAGGCGGCAGAGCGUGUCGGGCCUGCACAGGUACCUUCACCUGCUGGACGGGAAGGAGCAUUACCCGUGCCUCGUGGAUGCAAACGGCGACGUGAUUUCUUUCCCGCCCAUAACAAACAGCGAGAAGACGAAGAUUAAGAAAACCACUUGUGACCUGUUUCUGGAAGUGACGAGCGCCUCCAGCCUGCAGAUUUGCAAGGACAUCAUGGACGCCCUCAUCCUGAAAAUGGCAGAAAUCAACAAGUACACUUUGGAAAAUAAAGACGAAGGUUCCCUCUCCGACCACGAAGUCGAUGCCAUUCCUGGACAAGUCUCGGAUCCCAGGGCGACUCCUGGUGCUGAACAGGCUGGGAGCGCCCCGCUGGUGGUGGAGCAGGUCCGGGUGGUGGAUGAGGAGGGGCACCUGAAGGUGGUGUAUCCGUCCAAGACGGACCUGGACCUCGCCGCCGCCCACGUGACCGUGCUCCGCUGACAGCCGGGCCGCUGCCC